UUUUAUUAGUGGUUUAUGAAAAUUCGUGUGUUAUGGACGGCUGUUGAAUAAUGCUAGACACGUGCGGUUUAUUGUUAUUUUUAUUGUCACAAUUAAUAUUAAUUUUGUGAAGUAAAGUGUGAAGGGUUGUUUUUAUUAAGUUAUCAUUAGAACUUCAACGUUCGAGCUGUGUGGUCGUGUUUAUUAUUUUAUUUUUAUUAUUUCUUAAAAUGAAUUGAUUUAUUGUGCUUCGAGGUGUUUAAUUAGUUUUGUUUGGAGAUUUUAUUUUAAACAAUCAAGAUGUUUUUAAGAUUCGAGCCAACAAAAUCAACGAAAGGCGCAAGCAAGAUGCGUCGAGACCUCAUCAACGCAGAGAUCUCCAACCUUCGGGACCUGCUGCCCCUCCCCCCCUCCACCCGGCAGAGGCUCUCGCAGCUGCAGCUCAUGGCUCUCGUCUGUGUCUACGUGAGGAAGAUGAACUACUUCCAACAAGUGUUCAAAAGUCACGACUUCAGCUAUCAGUAUCAAGAACAACCGACGCCCACGCCUAAUAUCGGAUUUUCUAAGGCUAUGAACGGUUUUAUGAUGAUGAUGACACAGAACGGAAAAUUGUUGUACAUAUCGGAGAACGCGGCGGAGUACUUAGGACAUUCAAUGGAGGACCUUCUAAUACAUGGAGACAGUGUAUACGACAUAAUAGAUAGACAAGACCACCAGACAGUUCAAAUGGAACUCAACAGAGGAGGAAACGGAGAGACUGAAAAUGUACCAAAGAAUAGGCAUUUCUUCUGUAGAAUGAAUGUGUCUAGAAACGCUAGAAGACAAAUGAGGUUCGGUGACCAAAAAGUAGUUCUCGUUCGGGGGCACUACGUGUCGUACCUGCCGCUGUGCAGCCGCAACGAGCCAGUAUUCCUGGCGGUGUGCACGCCGCUGGCCAUGCCCGAGACGCGCGAGUGCGUCGUGCACGGCGCCACCAACGUCUUCACCACCGUGCACGCCAUGGACAUGAAGAUACUGCAUAUUGAUGCCAACGGCGAAUGGUACUUAGGAUGGAAGAAAUCUGAGUUAGCUGACGUUUCGUGGUACCAACUUAUACAUUGGGAUAGUUUACGAGAAGCACAAAGUAAACAUAGAUUAGUAACGCAAUCGGAGCAGGACAAAUGUUGCAUAUUGCUAGUGAAGUUGCAACAACGCAGCGGUCAGUUUCUAUGGGUGCAUACGGUCUUACAAGUCAAAGAUGCCACGGAUACACCAAGACAGUUUAUCGUUGCUACUAAUCAGAUUUUAAGCGAAGAAGAAGCCACAAUAAUGCUCGCCAACUCCUGGCUGUACCAAUACUACGGUUACCAGAACCAGCCAUGCGGCAUGCUGGACCCUCGCUGCCAGAAGUUCUUCCGACGAGAUCAGUAUUACCAGGAGUAUCAAGAAUAUCCUUAUGUGGAGAACCAGGAGAUGGAGUACUCUGGGUACCACGUGUCGUCGUAUGUACAGCCGAAGCCAGUUGAGGAGUAUAGUGGCUGUGAGCGAGUGUACACGGAUCGGGGUCCCGUUGAUUAUUCUACGCAUUCGCCUCAGUCUACUAUUAGCGAAGAAAGGUCUCCCCACCACUAUGACCCGCCACCAGACAUAGUUGUGAACAGCAAUAUGUACAUGUACCCGCACCCCGGGAAGAGAGAGUAUUACGAGCAGUACCCCAGGGUCAACUACCAUGUACAGGAGCCCUGUUCUAGUACUGUUGUUGAAGGUAUGGAAUACCCAAGUUCAAAGCGAAUGCGGCUAGCCCCACCUCCCCUCACGCUAGAGGAAACCGACGGCAUGGACCGAUGGAACCCCAGCCCACCCUGGUCGGAUACCACGCUCAAAAUACCCGACUACACCCAACGGUUUACCUACAAUCAUAUGGUACCGAUGCCCCCUGAAAGAGCUAUGGUCACUUAAGAUUAAGUGUAAGUUAUAAUAAGUACUAAAGUUACGUAUGUUUCAUGAUUUGAAAAUAGAAUUUCUUGGGAAAUGAAUCGAUUGAUUUUCUUUUGUUUUCGGUAUUAGAUUGUGACAGCGCUUUUACACCAGCAGGUUUUUUUACGGACACAUUCUGAGCGUCAAAAAACCUGUCGAAUGAACGUUAUAUCUAGUUUCAAUGUCCGUAGAUACGAUCUGCUCGUAAAACCGAGCAGAAAAUCUGCUAGUGUGAAAGAGCUGUAAGUCGAUCGAGAUAAUAUAAUAUAUUGAUGUGUCUACCAAUUGAAGUGUGAGAUUGUGUUUUGUUAAAAUAAUGGCUUGAUAUUUUCAUUGAUAUAUGAAAAUUAAAUUAUCAUCACUGUUCUGAAUUCAUUUCAUUUUAAAUGUAGGGAAAUAAAUCCGUCCUAAAUGUGAAUUAUUAAACAAUACAUUUUUUUUAACUUGAAAAUAUAAUAAAAUUAUGUAUUUUCGUGUUGCAUAUUGCAACUAACUAUUAGAUGUAGUAACUUCUUCUUCCUAUUUCGAUGCAUUUAAAAUUUUGUUUAGAUAUUUCAUUCGAAUUAUGGUUUAAGCUCAAAUGUUAUGCCUUAUCUUAAGUUGGUGGCCCAUACUUGGUUCACAAAAAUUUUGAAAAAAAUCGUGGUGGAAAUUCAAAUAUUUUUGGUACUUUAGCCAACUUAAGAUAAAGAUAAUAUUAUAACAGUAUUUUAUUUCGUAAGUUAAUGUAUAGCGUAGAACAUAAGUAUUGGAAUAUGGUUCCGUCCAAAUAUUUUUGCAUUCCAAAGGAAUAGUUAAGUUUAUAUUUCGAUGUAAAUAUUUUCUUUAUAAUAAUAGUGGCAUUUAUGUAAAUAUUAAGUUUAUUUUAUUGCAAUUGUCUUUAAGAAGAAAUAAGAGAAAAAAAGUUAAAUAAAAAAUGAUAAGUUACA